AUGCCAACUCGCUUCGUAAUAGUGUGCCCAAGAUAUUGUCGACGACUGACGACAGCGACGUGCAUCAGCGAGCUGUAUAACAAUGCUAAAACUCGUGUUGCAUCCCUUAUAGAAAAUAAGGACGUCGAGGCCGUGCAUGACCGGCUCAAGGGCGACCCUGCCAACGGUGGCCUCGUUGACAACAGUCAGCAAUGGAUCAGUUGGAGGCCACGAAAACGCAUCUUCAGCUCAGGUGCGCAAGUAGGACCCGUAGAACCAAGCUAUCUCGGCACGCAGGGAUCGGAGCUUUUUAUUAUUGCUGUCUCUGAAGGUGAUAAGGUAACCAUUUACCCACUACCCCCUGUUUUUUGCCGUAAGGACACCUCCUGGACCAACUUCAUUCCCUUUGCGGAAGAGUCCUCCCUUCAGGGGAUGCAGGGUGCCAAUCUGGAAGGAAAUUGGGGGGGCCCACAGGAGAAGGAUUCCCGGCCAGUGCAGUGCACGGUCCAUUAUGGCCUCGAUGGCCCUGCCCCUUGGGGUCUGGGGCUCGCCGUAAUACCUACGACUAAUGCAUGCAUGGUUGCAUCCAUACAUGAUCCCGUGAUGUGUCCAGGAUAUUACAGCUAUCCCCCUCUAGUGGUAGAGGGCUUAAUUCCACCUCAGGUUCUCCGGGAGAUGGAAGCACCCACAGGAUAUCCAGCGGUCGCGGGGCCCGUCGCCUCCAACUCGGCAGAAACCGCUUCAGCUGGCAUUCAAACUCAGCCACAUACAGGGCUAUACAUUGGUCAGGACAACGGGCACAACUUCUACUGA